UUGAUAACUUUACCUGUCGAAGCUGCUCAGUCCGGCAGAAAAUGUCCCCCACUUAUCUAUUCGUUUCAGGCUAUUGCUGACGCUGAAAAGCAGUUAAAUGAGAAAGCGAAUCUUCUGAGUACGCUUACAGCUGAAAACGAGCAGCUUCGACAGGUCGCAACUCAGAAACACGCUGAAAGUGUUGAUUAUUUUUCUCGGUUGGAAGCUGCUAUUGCUCAGAUUGCUGCGUUGGAGCAGAAAGUGGCAGACAGUGAGCGACGAACUGCAGAGUCAGACCACCGACGGUCUGCGGAGUUAGACGAAGAGCGCGAAUCACGAGAGAAGUUGUCUCGAGAACUGCAGCGGCUUAAGGAGCAUCUUUUGCUCGUCGAGGAAACAUCUACCGUGGAAGCAGUGGAAGCUGAGAAACGAGAAACGGAACUCCGAGAACAGAUUAGGCAGUUACAGAGCACAGUUGUUGCCGCUGAUACCGAUGCUGCGAAAACGACGCAGUCAAUGAUGAGCGAGUUGUCUUCACUGCAAGAACGGGUUGUUAUUGCGGAAGAAUCGGCUGUAGAUUGGAGAUCUCGAUAUGAAGCUGAAAAACGUCUACAUUUCGAGACAAAUGACGCUCUGGCAAGCUUGCAGGUUUCAAAAUUGCUUUUUUGUGAAGUAUUUUCGACGUUAUUUUGUGGUUACUUUUUUUGA